AUGAGCUCCGGAAUUCACCGAAAACGCCUCGCCUGUGUGGAGUGUACGCGACGAAAGGUCAAGUGCGACAAGACCCUGCCCUGUAGGAACUGCACGAGGAAAGGAACGCAAUGUACUCGGCCGCGCGACCCAGAGCACUCGCGAGCGUCGAGCGUUGCACAGUUGACUGACUCCCUGGCCAGCCCGACUGCCAGUGCUCUAGGCCUCAUCGAUAAUCUCCAAUCUAGAAUCAAGCAGCUCGAGAAUGCGCUGAAAGAGGCAACCCGCUCAGCGACCGAACCCGGGUCAGCACACGAUCCGGUAGAAAGCCGCUCAGUGGCCCGCUCAGUGUCUGCGAAUAUUCCAUCUCCAACCCCGGUUCCAGUGAGACAGCCUGAAAAUCAUUCCGUCGAUCCCCCGGAGGAGGUAGAAGAUGCUGCCACAAUACUGGAAUUUCUGGCGUGGGGUCGCCGCAAGGAUCCCAAUUAUCAGGAUGCAGUCGCUCGUCGAGAGAGCAACCUGCAUCGUUCCCCGGGAGAUGUCACGGCUGACGAUGAUUGGGAAGACAUGUCUCAAUUGCCGAACGUGUCUGGUGUGCCCAUGUGCCAACUUCUACUUCCCAGCCAGCAGCAGGUCCGCCUCUUGGUCAAAUACCAUUGCGAGUGCUUGCUUUGGUACCAUGGUUCUUUCCAUACAGCUACAUUCUUACAGGAACUAGACGAUUUUUAUCAUAACCAUAAUGGCCGCAUCGAGGGCUCUGGUGUCGACCUGCAAUGGAUUGCUCUUCUCUUCUCGGUUUUGACCGGGUCAAUGACCUGUGCACCGCGAUCAGUUGCACAAUCAUGGGGGUUUCGCAGUCAAGAACAGGACACAUUGUCCCGGCGUUGGCUUCGUGCCAUGACAACAUGCUUGCACCAGGCUGAUUUUAUGGCCUGCCAUUCUCUAUACUCGGUGGAAGCGAUUGCCACCCUCACCAUCUCCGCGCACAUGCUGGGAUAUUCAAAUGGGUUAUCGGUAUUGCUUGCGUCCGCCGUCCGCGUUGCCCAGGGGCUUGAUUUGCAUCAUCUUGGAGACGAAAAUGAUGGGCGAGCCGAUGGAUUGGUUAAUCGAGAGAUCGGUCGACGCGUCUGGUGCCAGCUAUGCAUUCAAGAUUGGUUUUCAAUACCAUUUGCCGAGACGUAUCUGAUCCAUCGCCUUUGUUUCAACACGGACAAACCACGCAACUGCAAUGAUGAUAUGCUUUCUUUAUCGGAAGACCAACCUACCGUUACCAACUACUCUCGUCUGUUCUACGACAUUGCUGCUUUGAUGCCAGACCUGCAUGACGACUUGACCUCUUCCAAUACCAUGUACACUAGGUACGAAGAAGUCCUUAAACAUGAUCGUCGGCUGCGCAACCUGGCUACACAACAUCUGCCGCAUUAUUUGCAAAACGUUCCAGUAGAUCCGGCAUGGCCCUGCUAUGUGCCAUGGGCACGACGAAGCCUGGCCAUCAGUUCUGCGCAUAAGAUCAUCAUGAUUCACCGGAAGUUUUUGAGUUUGAGCUUUGUGAAUCCCAUGUUCGAAUUUACUCGGAAGACCUGUGUGGCAGCCUCGAGGACCAUCAUCAAUGAGCAAAAGGACGCAACCCGGGACGGCGGGCCCGUUCUGUGGAUCCAUCAGGCUUUUAGCGUCGCGGCGAGUAUCAUUCUCUGCUUGGAUAUGUUUCACCACUCAGUUACGGAACGCAAGGUUUCAGAGCACCGACAACUAAUUGAAGACGGAAUUGAGAUACUGUCUCGGUGUGAAUCAGAUAUGAUUGCAAAGCGCGGUGUAUCUCUCUUGAGAGCCAUGCUUGCUAGUGAACGAGACACAGGACAUCCGCAAAAUAGACUCAUCAACUCGUCCCAAGGUCAACGUAUGAUCUACAAGGGUCUCGUGAACGCACGCUCAAAUGAACUGAACAUCCCUGCCAUUAUCAGAGCCUUUUACCAGGAGGAUCAAGAGCUAUCUACAAGGGAAGAGAGGCAUGACCGAUGGUCGGACGUGAUGUCGAACGAGACCGAGAUGCUAGCGCCUCUAGGGGUUGAUUGCGCCGAGGGACUUGACGAUAUCCUAAACUUGGCCUCAAACUUCAUGGCGUAA